AUGGGGACAUCUCGCUUACCUUUCCACGUUCUCGUGGUGGACCUCCAGGCAUUCAAACGCCCUUUGCAGCUGGAAGACCUGAAAAAUGAGAUUGAGAAGAGGCAGGCAAAAAAUGCCACCAAACUCUCGGAGGAGAUUUCCCAGCUGGACACCUCGACACAAGGGCAAGAAGAGAAGAAUCAGCAAUCGGAUGUGAAAAGCACCGUCAGCAGGUGUGGGAAAGUGACUUUCCAGCUGCCAGUGGAUGUUUCUCCAGGGUCAGAAGAGAGAGUCUGUCAUUUCUCAUGGAGGAACAGUGCUCUGAAGGAAACUCUGAAGAAGCUACAAGCCAUUGUCACCCUGGACCCCGACACGGCUCACCCCGACCUCAUCCUCUCCGAGGACCGUAAGAGCGUGAGACGCGGGGAAGGACGACGGGACCUGCCUGAUAACCCGGAGCGAUUUGACUACUGGCCCUUCGUGCUGGGAUGCCAGGGCUUCGCGGCAGGCCGGCAUUGCUGGGAGGGGGAGGUGGGGGACGGGGGGGAUUGGGCUGUGGGGGUGGCCCGCGAGUCCAUCCGUCGGAAGGGGCAUCUCAGCCUCUGUCCCCAAGGAGGGAUCUGGGGGGUGGAGAAGUGGGGGGGACAAGUUCGGGCGCUCACCAGUUGCAAGGUGACCCUCCUGCCCCUCCGUUGGGUGCCCCGGCGGGUCAGCGUCCACCUGGACUACGCCGGAGGGACGGUGGCAUUCUUUGACGCCGAUGAGGGGGGGCUCAUGUUCAUUUUUUCCCGCGCCUCCUUCACGGGGGAGAGGGUCCGCCCGUGGCUCUGGGUGGUGGGGGCCAGGUCCCAGCUCAGGCUGUGUCCCUGA